UUUAUACAGCAGGUGCAACCAAUAAACCCUCCAAUCCCCCAUCGUUCCUCUAUUCAUAUUCAUAAUAAUAAUAAUAUUAAAAUAUUAAUAUAUUAAUAAUUGCCUUUGGCCUUCUCCCCCAUAUCCCCUCUUCUCCAUUCCCUCCUAAUCUCAGGAUCGAAGCGGCCGGACGAGGAGGAAGAAGGCGAUGAUGAGGGCACCUGCAUUCUGUCUUCUCGUGUUGUCCGCCGUGCUGUGUCUGCUGGCGCCGGCGGAGGGCGGGCUGGUGAGGGUCAGCUUGCGGAAGAAGGCGCUGGAACGCAACGCGCGGCUGGCGGCGCAGGCGGCGUUCUCUCGAUGGUACGGCGGGGGGCCGGACGGGCCGGACGGGCCGGACGGGCCCGGCGGGGACGGCGGCGACGUCGUGGCGCUGAAGAACUACAUGAACGCGCAGUACUUCGGCGAGAUCGGCGUCGGCUCGCCCCUGCAGAACUUCACCGUCAUCUUCGACACCGGCAGCUCCAACCUCUGGGUACCCUCCUCCAAGUGCUAUUUCUCGUAUGUUCUUCAAGUCACGGAGGGUGGCACAACCCAGUGCAUCAGUGGAUUCGCUGCUUUGGAUGUGGCUCAGGGGCCUCUUUGGAUAUUGGGUGAUAUCUUCAUGGGAGCAUAUCACACUGUGUUUGAUUAUGGCAACCUGAGAGUUGGAUUUGCAGAAGCUGCUUAGACACAUAAUCGGCUACUGUUAGUACUAUAAAUUGCUGAUGUCCAAGUUUAUGUUAUCCUAUAAUGAAGGAGACUUGCUAUGUGUAUAUCGUGUGUUGUGGCUUUGCAGAUGUGUGACUUUAACAGUUAUUGCUAUUUCACUGUAGUGUCUGUUGUGUCUGUUGUAGUAUCUUUCAGACCUGGCCCUAGUAUGUAAUGCUUAUUAUAAAACUCGUCUGUCUAUUUUCUACCAGACUUUGUGAACAGAGUGAGCUUUGCCGUGCAAAUUUUCCUGCACUAUAAUAUGAUAAAGGGGUGCAAGCCUCUCAUCAAGGACACAAUGUA